GUACAUGUGUGUGGAGUGUGUGUGUGUGGCUGCCAGGCGCCAGGACGAACUGAGGCCCCUGGGCCAUUUUGCUGUCAACCUUCUUUUGAUCCCUGGUCCCGAGGACCAGGGGAAGAGAGGAGGAGCUACUUAGUUUGUACACUGAGACUUUUCUUUAAUAGGCUUCUAUUAUCAAGGUAAGUGUUCCUUCCGAGCGUGAAAGGCUUCUCAGGACCUGUGAAACAGCAGGUGUGUACACUUAACUGGGAUGGGAGCUCGUAUUCCCAGGGAGACCAUUCUGAUUUGUGCCUUGACCGCUGGGCGUGAGUUGUGGAGAGGGGAGGUCUGGGAGGGUUCCGAGCUUCGUUGAAUGUAAAUGUGAUAAUUUCAUCAGGUUUGCAGCACUUUGUAGGAAAAAGUUUCUGGAAGUUUUGAAGGCCAGUUAGAAUCCCACCUCUAUUUUUUACAUUUAAUUUUCAUUCUGGAAUGUAAAGCUCUUUUUAAUUAAAGUAUAGUUGGCUCUAACUAUCUUCUUAGAAUGGCUUAAAUCUCUGUGCAGGUGUGAAGAAUUCUUGAUGACCAACCCCUUGUUUCCAGAGUACUGGUUUUUGGGCUUUCCCAGAAAAGUUUGUUUCUGGGAAACAAACACCAAGUUUAAAAUGUGAAACAACUCAAUGAAACACAGAGGACUCCCGGCGUCUCUGGAAGAUGGGAAACUCCUACGCGGGCCCGCUGAAGACCGCGCGGUUCGAGGAGCUGCUGCGCAACUCCAUCGAGGCCUCGCUGCGCUCCAGCAGCCUGGCGCCCCGGCCCGUCUUCUCCCAGCUCUACCUGGAGGCCGAGCAGCAGCUCGCCGCCCUGGAAGGUGGAAGCCGAGCUGACAAUGAGGAGGAAGAAGAGGGGGAAGCGGGGCUGGAGCCGAGCUGCCCCCCAAACCCCUACCAGAUGCACCCUCCCCCCGAAGGAUGCUGCACCACGGACGGGUUCUGCCAGGCGGGGAAGGACCUGCGUCUCGUCUCCAUCUCCAGCGAGCCCAUCGACGUGCCAGCGGGCUUCCUCCUCGUGGGCGCCAAGUCCCCCAGCCUGCCCGACCAUCUCCUGGUGUGCGCCGUGGACAAAAGGUUCCUGCCCGAUGACAACGGGCACAACGCGCUUCUCGGGUUCUCUGGGAAUUGCGUUGGCUGUGGAAAGAAAGGCUUCUGCUACUUCACGGAAUUCUCCAACCACAUCAACCUGAAGUUGACCACCCAGCCCAAGAAGCAGAAACACCUGAAGUACUACCUGGUGCGCAACGCGCAGGGGGCUCUCACCAAAGGACCCCUCAUUUGCUGGAGAGGCUCAGAGUUCAGAGGCCGGCAGGCCAACCCCAGCCCUUGCUCCAGUGCCCUCUUCCCGCCGCUGGACAGCUCUGGGCCCCUGGCUGCCUUCUCCGGCGAGCCCACUCCUGGAACGAACCCCAGCAUCCCCGUGGGGGCGCAGCCAGCAGGGCCAGCCCCCGAUCACCCCUCACUCACCGCAGCAGCGGGCCCAGCUGUUCUCAACGGCAAAGACUCCCCGAAACAGCAGCAGCUGGUGAAGAGCAAGCUGUCAGCUGUGCCACGGCCUUCGGCACUAGGUAUCUUAUCAAACUCCGGCCCCCCCAAGAAGCGCCACAAAGGGUGGUCUCCAGAGUCUCCAUCAGCUGCAGACGGGGGCUACCCCCAGGGUGGUGGGAACAGAGCGAAGUAUGAGAGUGUGGGCGUGGCCUGCAUGCCCCAGGUUGGCCUGGUGGAACCAGCUUCAGUCACCUUUCCCGUGGUGGCCUCCGGAGAACCCGUGUCUGUUCCCGACAACUUGCUGAAGAUAUGCAAGGCCAAGCCGGUGAUAUUUAAAGGCCACGGGAACUUCCCUUACCUCUGUGGGAACCUGAACGACGUGGUCGUGAGCCCGCUCCUGUACACGUGCUACCAGAACUCCCAGUCCAUCUCCAGAGCGUACGAACAAUACGGAGCCUCCACCAUCCAGCCCAUCUCGGAGGAGAUGCAGCUCCUGCUCACUGUCUACUAUCUGGUCCAGCUGGCGGCGGACCAGGUGCCCCUGAUGGAGGACCUGGAGCAGAUCUUCCUGCGCUCGUGGCGCGAGUCGCACCUGACGGAGAUCCGGCAGUACCAGCAGGCGCCGCCGCAGCCCUUCCCGCCCGCGCCCGGCGCCGUGGCGCCCGUCACCUCGGCGCAGCUGCCCUGGCUGGCCGGCCUGGCCGCCAGCUCCUGCAACGACAGCGUGCAUGUCAUCGAGUGCACCUACUCCCUGGCCGAGGGCCUCUCCGAGAUGUUCCGGCUGCUCGUCGAGGGCAAGCUGGCCAAGACCAACUACGUGGUGAUCAUCUGUGCCUGCCGGAGCGCGGCCAUCGACUCCUGCAUCGCGGUCACCGGGAAAUACCAAGCCCGGAUUCUCUCUGAGAGCCUUCUCACCCCAGCGGAGUACCAGAAAGAAGUCAAUUAUGAGCUGGUCACAGGGAAAGUGGACUCCUUGGGGGCCUUCUUUAGCACCCUCUGCCCAGAGGGCGACAUUGACAUUUUGCUGGACAAAUUUCACCAGGAAAAUCAAGGCCAUAUUUCUUCCUCCCUCACUGCCUCCUCUGUCACCAAAUCAGCGUCCCUGGACAUCGGCGUGGCCCCAGUGUGCACAAGUUACAAUCUGGAGGCCCCCCACAUCCGGCCCUUCCAGCUGGCCGUGGCCCAGAAACUCCUGUCCCACGUGUGCUCCAUUGCGGAUUCCAGCACCCAGAACCUGGACUUAGGGUCCUUCGAGAAGGUGGACUUUCUUAUCUGCAUCCCACCCUCGGAAGUGACCUACCGACAGACCCUGUUCCACGUCUGGCAUUCAGGGGUCUUACUGGAGCUCGGCUUGGACAAGGAGCAUGUGACCAAGCAGAGGGUGGAACAGUACGUCCUGAAGCUGGAUGCCGAAGCGCAGGCGAGGUUUAAGUCCUUCCUGCAGAGCUCCUCCCAGAACCCACACACGCUCUUCAUUCUCAUACACGACCACGCCCACUGGGAUCUCCUGAGUAGCACUGUUCAUAACCUCUGCUCCCAAAGUGACCCGUCCGUGGGGCUGGUGGACAGGCUGCUCAACUGCAGGGAGCUGAAGGAGGCCCCCAACAUCGUGACACUGCACGUGACCUCCUUCCCGUACGCUCUACAGACGCAGCGCACCCUCAUCAGCCCCUACAACGAGAUCCACUGGCCGGCCUCCUACAGUAACGGCACGGACUUAUAUCCUGAGAAUAAGAAGUACUUCGGGCUGUCGGAGUUCAUCGAGUCCACCCUAUCAGGGCACAGCCUGCCCCUGCUCAGAUACGACAGCUCCUUCGAGGCCAUGGUUACGGCAUUGGGGAAAAGGUUCCCCCGCCUGCACAGCGCCGUGAUCAGGACCUUUGUCCUCGUGCAGCACUACGCGGCCGCCAUGAUGGCGGUGAGGGGCCUCUCCCAGAUGAAGAAAUACACGUCGGUGGAGACCCUGGAGAUCACCCAGAACCUCCUCAACUCGCCCAAGCAGUGCCCCUGCGGCCACGGGCUCAUGGUGCUGCUGCGCGUGCCCUGCUCGCCACUGGCGGCCGUGGCCUACGAGCGCCUGGCCCACGUGCGCGCGCGGCUGGCGCUGGAGCAGCACUUCGAGAUCAUCCUGGGCAACCCCAGCGCAGGCAUCACGGUCGGGAAGCACUUCGUGAAGCAGCUCAAGAUGUGGCAGAAAAUCGAGGAUGCGGAGUGGAGACCUCAGACUUACUUGGAGUUGGAGGGCCUGCCUUGCAUCCUAAUUUUCAGUGGGAUGGACCCGCAUGGGGAGUCCUUACCCAGGUCUCUGAGGUACUGUGACCUGCGUCUGAUAAACUCCUCCUGCUUGGUGAGGACGGCGUUGGAGCAGGAGCUGGGCCUGGCUGCUUACUUUGUGAGCAGCGAGAUUCCGCUGGAGAAGGGGCCCCGGAACGAGGGCUUGGAGAGCGAUGCCGAGAAGCCGAGCAGCACCGACAACGAGGAAGAGGAGCCUGUGACGGAAGGCUCCACCUCGGAGAAGAGGAGCCCCGUGAAGAGGGAAAGGCCCCGCUCCCGCGAUUCUGCGUCUUCCUGCCGCUCCUCGAAGGCGUCCAGCUCAGCGCUCUGUGGUGAGACCUCGGCUCAGCCUGGGGGGCCCUUGCCAGGGGAACAGGCCAGAUCUCCAACGCCCUGUGGCCCUUCAGAGGAGGGCAGGGCCCCUGGUGACAAACAGAGGCUCCGAGCCAGCCAGGGGCCACCACCGGUCAUCAGCAGGCACAGCCCCGGGCUGGCCUCCCAGCCUGACUCCAGCCUGAAGACCAGCCAGAGGAGUGUCCAGGUGUCGGUCCCCUCAUCAUCGCAGCUGUCCUCCUCGGGCUCAUCUUCCCUGCCCACGGUGCCUGCUGCCGGCACACUCGCCCUGCAGGCCUCCCAGUGCUCCAUGACCAAGGCCUGCCAGCAGCCGCCCGUCGUCUUCCUGCCCAAGCUGGUGUACGACAUGGUCACGUCCACCGACAGCAGCGGCCUGCCCAAGGCCGCCUCGCUCCUGCCAUCCCACUCGGUUAUGUGGGCCAGCUCCUUCCGCCCCCUGCUCAGCAAGACCAUGACGUCCACGGAGCAGUCCCUGUACUACCGGCAGUGGACAGUGCCCCGGCCCAGCCACAUGGAUUAUGGCAACCGCACCGAGGGCCGUGUGGACAGCUUCCACCCCCGCAGGCUGCUGCUCAGCGGGCCCCCGCAGGUCGGGAAGACGGGCGCCUACCUGCAGUUCCUCAGCAUCCUGUCCCGGAUGCUCAUCCGGCUGACGGAGGUGGACGUUUACGACGAGGGGGAGAUCAACGCGGACCUCAGGGAAGAAGCCGACUGGCAUUACGUCCAGCUCGGCGACCCCUGGCCGGACCUGGAGCUCUUCCGGAAGUUGCCUUUCGACUACAUUAUCCACGACCCGAAGUACGAAGACGCCAGCCUCAUUUGUUCACACCAUCAGCACGUAAAGAGCGAAGACAGGGGGCCGCCCAGGAGGCCGGAGGAGCUCCACGUGCGGCGGCCGACGGCGCGGAUGCGGCUGUCCAAGUACGCGGCGUACAACACCUACCACCACUGCGAGCAGUGCCACCAGUACAUGGGCUUCCACCCCCGCUACCAGCUCUAUGAGUCCACCCUGCACGCCUUUGCCUUCUCUUACUCCAUGCUAGGAGAGGAGAUCCAGCUCCACUUCAUCAUACCCAAGUCCAAGGAGCACCACUUCGUCUUCAGCCAACCCGGAGGCCAGCUGGAGAGCAUGCGGCUGCCCCUCGUCACCGACAAGAGCCAAGAAUAUAUAAAAAGUCCGACCUUCACCCCGACCACCGGCCGUCACGAGCACGGGCUCUUUAACCUGUACCAUGCGAUGGAUGGGGCCAGCCAUCUGCAUGUGCUGGUCGUCAAGGAGUAUGAGAUGCCCAUUUAUAAGAAGUACUGGCCCAACCACAUCAUGCUGGUGCUCCCCAGCAUCUUCAACAGCGCUGGAGUUGGCGCCGCCCACUUUCUGAUCAAGGAGCUGUCAUACCACAACCUGGAGCUGGAGCGCAACCGGCAGGAGGAGCUGGGGAUCAAGCCGCAGGACAUCUGGCCUUUCAUCGUGAUUUCCGACGACUCCUGCGUGAUGUGGAACGUGGUGGACGUCGACGGUGGCGGGGAGAGAAGCAGAGAGUUCUCCUGGUCGGAGAGGAACGUGUCCCUGAAGUACAUCAUGCAGCACAUCGAGGCGGCCCCCAACAUCACCCACUACGCCCUCAUCGGCCUGCGGAAGUGGUCCAGCAAGACCGGGAGCCGCGAGGUGCGCGAGCCCUUCUCCCGCUGCCACGUGCACGACUUCAUCGUUCUGAACGUGGACCUGACCCAGAACGUCCAGUACAACCAGAACCGGUUCCUGUGCGACGACGUGGACUUCAACCUGCGGGUGCACAGCGCCGGCCUCCUGCUCUGCCGGUUCAACCGCUUCAGCGUGAUGAAGAAGCAGAUCGCGGUGGGCGGGCACCGGUCCUUCCAUAUCACCUCCAAGGUGUCUGACAGCCCCGUGGCGAUCGUGCCCGCCCAGUACAUCUGCGCUCCGGACAGCAAGCACCCGUUCCUGGCGGCCCCUGCGCAGCUUCUGCUGGAGAAGUUCCUCCAGCAGCACAGCCACCGCUUCUUCCCGCUGUCCCUGAGGAACCAAGGCCACCCCGUGCUGUUGGUCGACUGCUACCUGAAUCUGGGAUCUCAGAUUUCUGUGUGUUACGUGAGCUCCAGGCCCCACUCCCUAAACAUCAGCUGCUCUGACUUCAUGUUUAGUGGACUCCUGCUCUACCUCUGUGACUCGUUCGUGGGAGCUGGUUUUUUGAAAAAGUUUCAUUUUCUGAAAGGUGCCACCUUGUGUGUGAUCUGCCAGGACCGGAACUCACUCCGCCAGACGGUGGUCCGCCUGGAGCUGGAAGACGAGUGGCAGUUCCGACUGCGCGACGAGUUCCAGACUGCCAACGCCAAGGAGGACCGACCGCUCUUUUUUCUGACGGGACGACACAUCUGAAGGACCCACCAGCAGGUUUUUCAAGAAGAGGGGAGCUGUCAGAACCUCAUGCUGUUGAGGCUAAAGGAAGAAUUAGAACCACGGUGUGUUUGAACUGAAACGGGGCCCAGAGGCUGUCUUGUGCAAACCCCUCAUUUUGCGCGCCAGGGACCCAGGCCCCAGAGGUGACGGAGACUUACGGAGAGGGACGGGUCAGCGGGUGGCGAGCAGGAACUCAGACCCAGCCUCCCGAGUCUUGGGCCGGCCGCAUUGCCCUGGGCUAUGUCCAAGUCCAUUUCACAAAGAACAAAGUUUUGCUGACUGUCAUGCCAUCCAUAUGCUUCCAUGGACGCACUUGACUUUUCUCUUAGUUCUGAAUCUCUUGGGUCAUCUUAGAGGUGCCAAUAUCUCAGGCGAUGGAUACGACUUGAGCGGUGUAGGUUUCCGUAUCGUCUACUACAAAGCAGUAGUCCAAAAGAACAUUUUAACCAUAAAGGCUGGCGAUGAAGAAAAAACAAAGUGGGUCACGGAAUAAAAAUUAUGUAAUUGCCUAGAAGGGUGCUUUUUAAAAAGAGCCCAGAGGUAUCAGCUUGAAUAAAGUAGAACAAAUUGUUUUACUUCAGAGCAGAUAUGAUUCCAUUAGAAUAGUUUAGGGUAAAUACCCUACCUCUUGAAAGGGCAAAAGUGAGAAGAAACUUUAAAACCAAAAGGAUUUCAGGAAAGGAAUUUGGUUACAGAGCUUGACCUUAAGAAACAGAAUCUGCCUUACAAAGGAAAGGGGACCAGAUGGCUUCCUUGAAACAACAAUAAAAACAACCAAAGUGAUGUGUAAACAGCUUGAUAAGAAGUGGACUUCUCACCAUAAUUUAUUGAAGCUCGGUUUUCAGUUCUUUACAUAGCUUGUCUUCUUUUUAAAAUGUUUUUCUUGAUUUUAGAGAGAGAAGGAAGGGGAAAGAAAGAUCAAUGUGAGAGAGAA